GGUGUUUUGCCUUAUAUUGCUCCUGAAAUCUUGAGAGGGCAAAGUUAUACUAAAGCUGCCGAUAUUUAUAGUUUCGGUAUAGUUAUGUAUGAAGUUAUUUCUGGAAUACCUCCAUAUCAUGAUUUAAGCCAUGAUAACAAUUUAGCAAUGAAAAUUUGUCAAGGACUUAGACCAAGGUUUAAUAUUAAAGUACCUCAAUUAAUUAUACAAUUAAUCAAAAGAUGCUUAGACGCAAGUUCAUCAAAUCGACCAAUAGCAAUUGAAAUUAGAGAUAAAUUGUGGGAAUUUAAGUUAAAUCCAACGGAGAUACAAAAACAAAUUAAAGAAAUUAAUGAUGGUCCAACUAUUAAUAUAUCCUUAGCUAGCUCAUCAUAUAAAAUGCAUUCAAAAGCCGUUUACACAAGUAAAUUACUCAAUUUUAAUAAUCUCCCAGAGCCAAAAAAUUCUGACGAUUAUUAUGAACAAAAUGAUAAUAUAAUAAGCAUGAAAUUUUCAGAAUCAUUGAAAUAUAAUUUUUUAAAUGAAGAUGGUAAAAAUAAUAAAUCUUAAAGACAACAUUGUCCUAUUCUUACGCAAUAUUCGAUAUAGAUACUAUCGCUAUUGACGAAAAUUCAGAGGAUUUAAUAAAUGAAUUAGUAAGUUAUGAAACAAAGAAAAAAGUUAUCCAAUAAAUAUAGUUGCUGUUAUUUUUCAGGAAUUUUUUCUUUAUUGUCCGAUGCGUAGCGUAGGACCGUUUACUUCUAUCCCGCAUUUUUAAUUUUUUAUCG